AUGAAGAUUCCAACCACAAGUUUCACUCUGCAAAGUGGUGAUUCCUCUUUGCCAGGCUUCGUAGAUCGUCAGAAGGCUCUUUUCGACCAACUAUCUCAAGCAGAAAAAGAUUGCAAUAAAGAUCAAUCAACUCCAAUCGACGCCCGUGACUUUGAGUGCAAAAAAUUUCGUCGUCCACCUCCUCCAGGUAAACGCCGAAAAAAUGAAGCUAGACAAUUUCGUGGUAAAGAAAGUAUCUUUAAACAAGUAAGUUUACCAUCACCUUUUGCCAAUCACGGUGUACCGGAUUACCAUAAAAAUCCUCAAAAAUGGACUAAGUACAGUCUAGAUGAUGUUAACGAGGCAGAUAUGAGUGACAAAAAAAAUACACAAGCAGCUCUUGCAUUUCUAAAAGGGUUAAGGGCGCGGAGAUCCAAAGAUAAACUCGAUUUCAAACAGACAGAUAUGCAAGUUGAUGAUCAACAUAACUGUGCUGGUUCUUCGAAUCGUCCAACAUCUUCAGCACCACAAGCAUCACAAGUGGUAUUCAGAAAACCUACUAAGCAAAACGAUCGUAAAAAUAAAAAACAAACACGUGUUGAGAUUGUCGAGGCUGAUAAUAAUCCUAUUUUUGUGGGAAGUAAAAUUAUUUUUCCUGAAUAUGUAGUAGGUCAGAAACCUAUCAACAAAUCUAAAAAAGAAAAACAAAAUCCUGUUAUUAAAGUCGAUCGCAGCAAGCAAAUAAAGUUAGAUCAUCUUCAAGAAUAUGAAGAUGAGUAA